AUGAUGAAACCGAUUGUACCCACAGCGAAGAGGGCGAGGCAUGGUUUUAGUAUAGAGUCACUCAUCGGAUCUGAUGGGAGACGGUCAGAAUCCCCUGGGGUGGUGAGAGAAAAGAUCCACCCUGGGGAAUCCGAACUCGGAGGCAGAGUCCCUCCGCUCCACCCAACGCUGCAGUCACCGUUAAGAGGAAGUUUUUUCAGUGAAAACCCAAACGAACUAUUAGCUCUGAGGUCUGCCUGGGGGCUCGUAUCCCCACCCCUCGGAGGAUUCGGUCAGCUGGGGCAAGGUGGAUUUGGCCAUCCCCAGGGUCUUCCCUUCAACCCAUCUCUGUUUGCGGGGGGUCGAGAUCCCUUCCAGCUCUACCCGUGGCUCCUGACCCGACAUGGUCACUGCGUCUCAUACCCAUUUCCAGGGGCGCCUGAGUCUAACCUGUUAUUCCACCCCUACCGGAAGCCGAAGCGGAUCCGAACUGCCUUCCCGAGUCAGCUGCUGAAGCUGGAACAGGCGUUCGAGAAGAACCACUACGUUGUUGGUCAGGAGAGGAAGGAGCUGGCAGCCAAACUCAGUCUCACAGAAACACAGGUGAAGGUAUGGUUCCAGAACAGGCGAACCAAAUACAAGCGUGUCAAGUCUGAGGAAGGCUCCUCGUCACCCCCUCAUACCCUUGACCAGUCCGAGGCAAUCGAAGAAUCUGAGAACGAGGCUCUGGCAGAGGACAUGAUACCACGUGACUGUGGUGACGACGAUGACGUCGCUGACGACAGUGAUGACGAAUGUGCAACAGUGGACGUGUCGUGACUGGCGUUAAUCAAUGACUGUACUGUCAUAACGUCAUUUAUUGUGGCCAAAUAAAAACCACCGAGGCGAUUUAAACGAUUUCACAUGACCAAAGAACUGUAAUGGUGACUAUAUGCCACAGACUGAUUAUAUUGAACCUCCAUGAACUUGUAUAAUAUGGUUUGUAAGUGGAAUCUGAGAUUUGCACGACGUGGUGUUCGCACGUUUGUUUGUUGUUGAAAACCACGUUCGGUAAUAUAGCAGCAACAUGCUGACUUGUCUGGACUAGACAAUCCAGUGAUUGAUAUCAUCUUCAUAAUCUACACAACUAGGAAACGAUGCCAUGCACCAACCAGUCAGUGAGCCUGACAGUCCGUUCCCGUUGCGACAAACAUGUCCAUGCAUUGUAUAGUGUCCUCUUAAUAGUCUCUCGACAUUAUGUUAUGUACGUUCAUUUUUCAUAUAGAAAAGAAAAAACACAGAAAUCCACAUUUUACAUUGAUAAUGACAUACAUGGAUGGAGAAAAACAAGCCAUAAUGUAAAACAAUGUACUCCUUGAAUUAUGAAAUUAAUUAUUCGUAUGAAAGUGCUAUGAAUCACGACCACACGCUGAUAUUUAUUUUCAGUGCAUGUUAAAGUGUAACUUUUAUGUACACUUGAUGUGUGACAACCUUAUUCUGUGGGUAGUCGGUAGUUGACUGUCUGAGCGGAGUAAUGUUUGAACUGUUUGCACAGUAUGUGUGACAAUAUUAUUAUGUGAGACAAUAUUAUUAUGUGAGACAACAUUAUUCUGUGAGACAACAUUAUUUUGAGAGAAUCGUUGGUAGUUGACUGUCUGAGCGGAGUAAUGUUUGAACUGUUUGCACAGUAUGUGUGACAAUAUUAUUAUGUGAGACAAUAUUAUUAUGUGAGACAACAUUAUUCUGUGAGACAACAUUAUUUUGUGAGACAACAUUAUUUUGUGAGACAACAUUAUUUUGAGAGAAUCGUUAGUAGUUGACUGUCUGA